GGGAUAGUAGCGCAUCCACAUGUGUCCUCUGAGAAUGGGAAGUCAUUCUGGAACACAGCUCUUCCCACGCUCCGGGCCCACACACCCAGCCCCACUCCGUAAAAGGAGCCCUGCUGCCUGCCCACCCACCCUGGGUGCUUUCUGGCUUGCAGUACAGUUGGCAGACAUGAGGCAACGGUUGCUCCUGUCCUUUGCCAGCCUUCUCCUUGUUGCCCUGCUGUUUCCAGGAUCGUCCCAAGCCAGAUAUGCUGACCACUUAGCCACGGCAGCUCCCAGAGAACUCGGGGAAGGAGCCCCUGGGCAAGGCAGAAAUGGGUCUCAGCUGUCACACCACCCAAUGAAACGCGAACUCUUACCACCGCGCACCCCACCUUACCAAGAACCUCCAUCAGAUUUAAAAGUUGUUGACUGCAAGAGAAGUGAAGGCUUCUGUCAAGAAUACUGUAAUUAUAUGGAAACACAAGUAGGCUACUGCUCUAAAAAGAAAGACGCCUGCUGUUUACAUCAGAACUGAUGUCGCUGACAUAGAAGCAAAGCUCUGCCACUUACCUGUUCUUCUGGGCCAUGAUGUCCGGUCAGGUGCAGGUUUUUUGCAGAAGUGUCUGAGCAGCAGGGAGCGGAGGUAUUGCCACUUGUGCUACAGUUCAA